UCCAGUGUAAUAUACAUAUCAUUGAUUCAGAAGGUGCGAUUUGUCAAAAUGGCAAAUGUUGAACAACGAUUCACAGAUUUCAACUCAGCCUUGCGAAAUGAAUUUCAACGUAUAGAAUCUCAACGUCAAGAUCUGGAGUCUCGAGAAAAACGUUUGACAGACGAGAAAACCAAGAUGAUGCAAAUCGACAGCAAAAGUGACGAUGUUAUUUCCUUGAAUGUCGGAGGCGAAUCAAUGACGUGUCUGAGAUCAACAUUGUGUCAAAUUGACAAUUCUCUACUUGCAUCAAUGUUCAGCGGCAGAUGGGAAGAUCGUUUGACCAAAGAUAAAGAUGGAAACGUAUUUUUGGAUUACGAUCCUGAAUGCUUCAAGUUUAUUUUAAAUUAUCUUCGUGCGAAGAAAAUGCAAUCAUGUGAACGCCAAGCGAUAAUACCCAGUCCUCCUCAAGAGAAAAAUAAUGAUUACUGGAUCUUAAUUAAUUAUUUAGGAUUAGAAAACGAAUUUACUAAAACGAUCGGAAAGAAGGAGAAGAUAAUUGAGUGGGACGGUAUUGAAAGGGGGUUUGGAGACGAGUUCAACACACGUCCUCGUAGAAGUCGCCGGAAGCCUCCUUAUGGAGGGUAGCUGGGGUGAACGUGCCCCUGAAUGAAGGGGUCAAGUUUCACGAAGAAAAAAGACGAAAGUUUUAAUUAAAUGACGUUAAUUUUGAUUUAAGUACUGUUUGCGUUAACUGUAAUGAAAAAAGUAGAAAAUCAUUAGUAUUCUUUUAUCUCUUUGCAAUAAAAUUUGGCGGCUACAAAAA